CAUGUCUCAUUAGUGUUUAGUAACAGAUCUCGCAAAGAUGUUUGCCAGAAGGAGAUCUUCGCCGUUGUCAUCGUCGUCGCCGACAAAACUCGCGUUAAUAUCGGGUCUAUUCCUGUGCCUAGUGGCACUACAAGUCGAUCGGACAGGGUCCAUGUCAUUGGAUCGCCUGGCCAUAGAUCGUAGCAAUGAAUUACAACAACAAAACGACAAACAAUUGGAGUACAGUGAAGAGUUGGCCCUUGAGUCGGAAAAUAAGUCAGAACAACAACAACAACAACAACAAGAACAAAGUGUCAGUGAAUUGAGUGAUGAUGAAAAUAGUGGUGAUAUUACAUUGGUGCCCGUGGAAGAGGGACAAAGUGAUGUGUAUCUCUUGGUGCCAGCCAACAAGGAGGAAAAUUCUCUCCAAAAUUUAAUCGAUUUCGAUAACAAUGAAGAGGUCGGUAAUUUGGAGAAUUCCUCGGAUAUGUUAAUGUUGGAAAGUGUUGAUUCGCCCGUUGUUCAAAUGUUGGAAUUGCCCCAGGACGCUGGGGAGGAAGAGAAAAAUGAAGAAACACAAAACGAUGACAAUGAAGUGAAAAGUGAACAAGAAACACUGGGAGAAACUACCAGCCAGCAGGAUGCUGCUGCUGCUGCGGAACCCGAGGCAAUUUUCGAAGCCAUGAAACAAAUUGAAAAACAAUUCGAAGACGAAGAACAGCAUGGACAUGAUUCGGAAGAGCCCAAAAAGGAGGAAUUCGAAAAUUUGCCCACUCUUAUGGCUGCCAGCCAGGAAGCUGAAGAGGAGGACGAUGAAGAGGUUGCCGUACCCCAAGAAUCGGAUAACCAAGAAAUGAUUGGUGUCGUCAUGGAACAGCAGCAGGCUGAUGAACAUGAAAAUGUUGUCGAGGAUGCCUUGGAAACUUUGGAAAAGGAGGAGACCGCAAAACCAGUUGAGGAAGUGAACGCCGAAACUCAUGAGGAAUCUCAGGCCAAUGAGGAAGUGAAGGACGCUGAAAAAACCUCUCAUGAUGAUGAGGAAGAAAUUAAGACCAACGAAGAAUCAGAAACUCCAAUGGCUGAGGAAGUUGAGAAAGCUGAAGAAGAGCCAAUGAAGGUUGCCGAAAAUCAGGAAACUGAAAAUUCCACAGUGGAAAAAUCUGAAGAACCCAUGACCGCUGAAGUAGAAUCCUCGGGAAUUCAAAUGGUUGAAGAACCUGUCGUCAUUGAAACCCUUGUCGAAAAUGUGGCAUCUCCAGCCGCUGAAGAAGCUGCCCAAGAAGAAGAGCUCAAGACGGAAACUGCUGAAGAGGAGAAGAAAGAGGAGGAGCAGGAAGAAGCUAAGCCAGAAGUAAGCAUUAUGAAUGAUGAAACUUUGGAUGUAAUCGAGAAGCUCGAGGGUGAAGCUUCAGCUGAAGAAACUUCAUCGGCUGAUGUGACCCACGAAGAAACUCCCAAUGAAGACAUUACCCAGGACAAGGCUGAAGAAAGUCAAGUCCAAAAUGAUGCCGAAGAAGAAGCUAUGCCAACAGAAGAAGAAAAGCCUGUACAAUCUGUUGCUGAGGUCAGUUCUGCUGAAGAAACUCAAGCUGCCCCAGAAAUGCCAGUUUCAGAGGAAUCACAGCAAAAACCCGAUUCCAUUGAGGACGAAUCAAAUUCGGAACAGAAAGUGGAAGAAGAACCAAUGCCAGCAGCAGCUGAAGAGGCUCAAGCUCCUUUGGAAGAUGAAAAGCAAGUCGAAGAAACCCAAGAACAAGAAUCCGAAACAGAGACAGCUGAAGAAGUUCCAGUUGCUGAAGAAAUUCCAGAUGCCGAGGAAUCUCAAAACGCUGAAGAAGAAACGCCAGCAGAAUCUCAAUCUUCUGAAAAUGAUCAACAAGCAGAAGCCACCGAAGAAGAAAAAACUUCUGCCGAAGAAGAGCAAACAGAGGCUGCCGAAAGCCAUGUUGAUGAAGUAAGCCAAUCCCUGGAAGAAGCUAAACCUGUUGAACAGGAAAUGAGUGAAGACAGCUCAGUGGUAGCUAAUGAAGAAGAACAACCAAAGGAAGAAAUGAUUGAAGAAUCCAAACCUGUGGACGAAUCCCAAACUAACGAAGAUGCCCAGUCUGAUGACGAAAUCCAGCCUGAAAUUCAAGCUGAUGAAUUGCCAGUCGUUGAGGAAGCCAUGCCAGCCGAGGAGAGUCAAAGUGGGGAAAAAUUGGAACCUGCCAUGGAAGCUCAUACCGUUGAGGAAGAGCAAGUCGCUUCUGAGGUAGCUCAAGAAUCUGUAGAAGUAGCCAAACCCGUGGAAGAAGAACAGGACAAAUUGGAAGAAGUCAAACCUGUCGAAGAAGCUCAGGAAGAGAGUCAAACCAUGGACGGUGAACAACCUGCCGAGGAAUUGGCAUCCGCCGAGGAAGCCAAGCCCGUCGAAGAAACUGAGACUAUGGAAGCUGAUAAACCCGCUGAAGAAACGGAAACCAUGGAUGAACCUAACCCCGUUGAGGAAACCCAAAAAACUGAAGUCAUGGAAGAAGUUAAGCCUGCUGAAGAAUCUGCUGCCGUUGAGGAAGCUAUGACUGCUGAAGAAACAAAACCUGUUGAGGAAAUUGAGGAGGCUAAACCUGUGGAGGUAUCUGAAACUAUGGCCGAUGAAAUGCCUGCUGAAGAGUCUUUAACUGAUUCUGCCGCCAUGGAAGAACCCAAACCCGUUGAAGAAACCCAGUCCAUGGAAGCUGUUGAUUCUGCUCCCGAAGAAGUUCAACAAAUGGAUGAAAUUGUCGCUGCCGAAGAAACCCAACAAAUUGAAGAAAACAAACCCGCUGAAGAAGUCCAAGGUGUGAAGGAAGAAAGCGCAUCAGUUGAGGAAGCUAAAGUCGAGGAGGAAGUUAAGCCCGUUGAGGAAGUUCCAGCCAUAGAAGAAUCGAAACCCAUUGAAGAAGCUCAGGAAAUGGAAGAAGUCAAACCCGCAGAAGAAAUGCAAACGCUUGAAGAAGUUAAGCCCGUAGAAGAAACCAUGGAAGAGGUCCAAGCUCAAGAAGAAGCCAAACCUGUUGUCGCCAUGGAAGAAGUAAUAGAAAAUGAAGAGAAAGAACAACAAUCUCAAACCAUUAUGGCCGAUGAAACUCAAAACGAUGAAGUUAUCCCAGCUGAAGUACCCGCUGAAACUGAGAUCAUUGCCGAAACCCAAACGCCAUCUGUUGAAGAUGUCAAACCUGAAUUGAUCAGUGCAAUCUUCCCCCUGUCCGAUGAAAUGCAAGUCAUGGUUGAGGACCAAGCCGUCGAAGCAGAAAAACCUGCCGAAGAAGAAAAUACUCACAAAGAAGCUGAGACAAAUGUCCUAGCCAAUGAAGAAUCUCUACAAACUGAAGUGCCAAAGGAAGAAUCUACCCAGGAAGUCAGUGAAAAUAAGGACGAUACCGUACUCAACGAUGACACUGAUAAUGCCAUUAAUGUUGAACAGCCACAACAACAACCCACACAACAAACCUCCAUUUUGACCACCAUUGUCCAGGUGCCAGUUGUUGCCAAGCCUGAAGAAGUCAUUCCAGAUCAAGCCAUUGUUACUACCGAGAAACCCCUCAACGUUGUCGACAGUGUUCUUAACUAUGUCAACGCUUCGUUUAUGAAUCAAAUGAGCUAUGAGGAGAGCAACCUGCCUGUCCAGAAACAAGAAGAUGCACCCUUCAACUCGAAAUUGAGACGUUAUGAUGGCGCCCAAGUAUGGCGUAUUGUUGUGCAAAACGAUCGCGAAAGAAAGUUGGCCGAUGAAUUGCAAUCGAAAUUUGAUGGUCAAUUAUGGAAGGAGGUCAAACAAGAAGUCGACUACUUGUUGAAACCACAAGUCUUGGCCGAUGCUGAACGUCACGUGAGAAGCGCCAACUUAUCGCGCAUUGUGCUCAUUGAUAAUUUACAACAGGCCAUUGAAGUUGAAAAUCCACCGGCCGAAGAAAUUGCACAAUUGCAAAAUAGAAAGGGACACCGUUUGACAUGGCAGGCCUAUCAUCGUUUGGAAGAUAUCCACGGUUUCUUUGAUUACAUGGCUAAAACUUAUCCCGACAUUUGUUCCGUUGAAACCAUUGGUUAUUCGAUUGAAAAGCGUCCUUUGAAGAUUUUGAAGAUCUCCAAUGGCAAUGCCAAUAACCCCGGUAUUUGGAUUGAUGGUGGUAUGCAUGCCCGUGAAUGGAUUAGUCCCGCCGUUGUCACCUUUGUUGCCAAUCAAUUGGUUGAGGGUUGGGAUGAUUUGCCCGCCUACAUGCGUAAUGUCAACUGGUACAUUCAUGCCGUGGCCAAUCCUGAUGGUUAUGAAUAUUCGCACACCACUGAUCGUUUGUGGCGUAAAAAUAUGAGAUCCCAUGGUCGUGCCUGUCCCGGUGUUGAUUUGAACCGUAACUUUGGUUAUAAAUGGGGUGGUAAGGGUACCUCGGCCAAUCCCUGCGCCCAAACCUACCGCGGCUCCAAGGCAUUCUCUGAACCUGAGACAUUCUAUAUUUCCAAAUACAUUAGCAAUUUCCCCAGAGACACAUUCAAGGCAUACUUGUCGUUCCACAGUUAUGGUCAAUACAUUUUGUAUCCAUGGGGCUAUGACUAUCACAUUACCAAGGAUAUGGCUGAUUUGGAUUUGGUGGCACGUCAAGCAGGAACAACCAUAACCCGCAGAAGUGGUGUUAAGUACACAGUUGGUGCCUCGGCUCACACUUUGUAUCCCGCUUCCGGUGGCUCCGAUGACUGGGCUAAGGGCUUUGCUGGCAUCAAAUAUGCCUACACAAUUGAAAUGGGUGACACUGGUCGUUUCGGUUUUGUUCUCCCAGCCUCCUAUAUUGAACCGAAUGGCAAGGAUGGCUAUACAUUUGUGGAGACUGUUGCUCGUGCCAUUACCAUGGGCAAGAAUGCUCGCAGACGUAAACUGAAGGCCAGCAUCGCCAACACCACCACACAAUAGAGAUAAGGAGUAAGGAACAAGCAGCCUAGAAAGGAGGCCAUAUAACGGUCUAGUAAUUUUAGUGCCAAGAUUUAUACAAAGUAUAAAUCUUUUAAUGAAUGAAACACAAAACACACUAACAAUGUAUAAGGAUAAAUUAGCAUAAAUUAUUUAUUGAUAUAUUUUAGGUAAUUUAUUUAUUUAUUUAUUAUU